AUGUUGAAACACUGUUUGUUUACAAAAAUUAUCGAAGCAAUUCAAAAUAAUUUGACUUGUUGUGUUCGUAAAAAGAAGUAAGUUGUAUUUUAUAACAUUUUUGGGAGUUUCGUGGAUUUUACAUCAAUUUAUAUUGUAGUAGAGGGCAGUUGUUCAAGAUUUUAGACGUUUUUAAUAACUUUUAGUAAAAUAAAGUCAAAAUUUAAGGAAAGUAAAAUAUUAGAAGCCUUUUUUGAGCUAAUAGAGUUAGUUUUAAACUGAUUUAUCCUUUUUAUCAACCGGUUUUUACAAUUCUCUUGAAAAACAUCAGACUUGACGCAUUUCAAAAAUGGGGUCAAGUUUUGUUUUUAGUAAGAAAAACAAAUUGUUGUUUGUUUUACGGAUGAAACUGUUGAUUCUAUGCGUAAUAUUGUGAAAUAACCUGUAAAUACUACUAAAAAUAUUGCAGAAUGACAGAUUCAUGGGAUAACGCUGAUAAAAGUAGGUAUUUUCGGCUUAUUUUGUUGAAUUAUAGGUUAUAACUUAAGGUUCUUCUUGAUUUUAAGGCUAAAACUUGAGUUAUCCGUGCUUUUGAGAGUCUUCUUGAGUUAAAUUAAUGAGUUAACAAAAGGUUCUUGUAUUUUAUAGUGUUUUUUAGCUACAAAUCUGGCUUUGCCAUAAAGAAUUUAUGUGUUAAUUUUAAAAUUAGUUGAAGACUAACUGUUAAUGCCUAUAACAACCUUCAUAUCAAUGUCUUAUGUCUUCUAAUAAUCUUCAGAACCUUUAUCAUCAAAUUCAUUGGAUUAUCUUGCACAUUUUGUAGCGGAUUCAUGGAAUUUCGACGCCAAUUCGUCCGUUGCCAUUCAGGAGAAGUUCUUCAGAGAUGGCCACAUUGGAGAUCGAUGUGAAUUACUCGUAGCUCAUCCGUUUUAUCUAGCUACUGGUGAGUAUGUUACGUUUUGUUGUUUUGGUUUAGAUUUGGAAUUUUAGAUUGAAGAGAAUCAAAGGUUAUGAUGGGAUGUAUGUUGUCCAUCACUAAUUUGAUAGGUAGCAUAAGAUGGUUAAUAUAAAAUGGAAUAUUAUGUAUUAUGAGCUAUUUUAUAGCUCAUUUGAAAGAAAAAAAAUUUAUUUAGCUAUAAAAAGGUAAUUUUUGUUGUGUUACAGUCGAAAUUAGCCUUUUUGAGAGCAUUAUAUUAUCUAUGGUUACCUUGAUAAAGGUUAAUAUAAGAAUCAAAAUAUAAAAUCAAGCUUAGGUUAAAAUAAGUUGAUUUAUAGCUUACAACACAGAUAAUACAUAAUAUUACGUAGUGUAAUAUAAAUAUUGUUUUUCCAGGGCCCGGACUAGGUAUGAAUCUUGAAUAUUGGAAAGACGUCAAAUUUCUAUUAGUUCGAAUGAAGUCGGAGUACAUUACCGUUCAAUGCACGUUGGAUUCAGAUGAAGUUGACGAUAUUUUUAAAGAUAUUGCUGGUGAGUAUCCUUAUCUCUGAGUUUGGCAUAAUUCAGGCUUGUUUGAUAUCAAAAAUUUGAGUUCAAAAUUGAUUUAUCCUUAAAUUUAUGGAUUUUGAGCUAAUUUUGAUGUUUUCAGCCCUGAAAGAGCUCAAAACCUUGAAGUUCACAUGCCUGGAGUUGCAAGGAUCUUGUCGAACAGAGAGUGUACUAAAGUAUCUUGGUGAUAAGAUUGUGGAAAUCACUGCCGACAAGUCGAUUUUGCCUUAUUUUCAUAAAAUACCUCAUCUCAAGAUAUUGAACUUCUCUGAACGGGGUGAUUUAGGUACGUUUUUCUAGUUAUUGUCGUUUAUAUUGUUGUAAAAAGUUAGCAUGUUGUUAUAAGAAUGGUCUUCAAUUCAUUUUGAGGUUAAUUUCAAGAAAAUACGGCUAAAUCAUAUUGUUUUAGAUAUUGAUGUAGUGUUCUCGUUGUCCGUACCUCACUUGAAUCUCAAGCACAGUAGUUUUGUUCUUUUGACAGAUAUUGGAAAGCAUACGUAAGUUUUGAAACUACAUCUGUUUAAAAAUGGCAAGAGAAACGAGAUUUGUAGCGAAAAAUUGAAAAAAUGCCGAGACGCAGCUUGCGAAGACGAUUCUGCAGGCUGCACAAGGCAAAAUUGAUUAUCAUGUAAAAUACGUGCCAUAUGAUGACUGUGUGUUUUAUUUUGAGGUAUAAAAAAUUUAUUUUUAAACGUUUUAAAAAGACCUUUUUGCAGAUUUACCAAAAAUUCUUUACUAAACCACUUGGGUAUUAAUGUAGAGCUAGGUGAACUGGACAAACUGGUGGACAAAGACGUGCUAAAAACAUUUGAAGCUCUAAAAUCUUUGAAUACUAACAUAUUUGUUCAAUUCCAAACUCAAAUGCUCUUUUACAAUGAAAGGGACGAGGUGGGUUGAGCAUUAUAUUGUAGUAGGGCAAUGUGGGUAUAGGAGGGUAAAAUACAUGUCUCUAUCUGAAAUAUAUUGAAAAUAAUGACAUUUUAUAUACGACGAAACCUAAUUAUGCACGAUUUAUCUUAUAAAAUGUAAAUUUUCAAUAUUUUUUUAGUGGAACGACACCAAAGUCUUCCUCACAUCGGUCAAAGAUUUUAUCAAUAGAAUAACAACUCAAGCCAAAAGCGUGGAAUUGAGGUCAGCAAUCAAUCUGGCUGUGGAAUGCAAGGUAAUUAAGGAUUUUUUAAUUUUGUCAAGGAUUUUUACUUUUUGCACGAUGCAGUUAUUAAUUCAACUGCACGGUGCAGUCAGAAAAUUUAUUGCACGGUGCAAUAUUUCAAAAGGUUAAUUUUAGCUAUUGAAAUGGUUUUAAAAAAUUAUUUUGCAUUGAUAAUGAGAGUUAAAAAAGCUAUUUUUAAAACGUACUUUUGUAAUUUUAAAAAAAUUUCAUUUUACAUUGGAAAUGAGGAUUUUAAAUUUUUGCACCGUGCAGUCACAAAAUUGAUUGCACAGUGCACAGCUGUCUGAAAUGGGAAAUGACCAAUAGUGGCUUUUCGUUCGUUGCAAAGUGUCCAAAAAUUUUUCAAAUGGUCUUUUUAUUUUUUCUUUUUCUUUUCUCUAUUUUUAUAUUUUAUUUUAAUUUUUGACACUUCGCAGCACGUUGAAACGUAACGAAAAGCCAGAAAUUUCCAUUUCCAAUUUUUGUUUUACUUCAGACAGACGUGCAGUGCAAUAUUUUAAAAUUUUGAUUUUACCUGUGAAAUGACAGUUUGAAAAACGUGUUUUGCAUUGAAAAUGAAAGCUAAAAAAGCAAAAUUUAAAAUGUGUUUUUGAAAUUUAUAAAAAUUUUAACUUUGCAUGGGAAAUGAGGUUUUUUUAGGAUUACCCAGACAAAUUUGACGAAUUCCUUGAAUCGUCAUUCCCAGAAGCCAAGAUUUCAAUCGAAAAUGAUGAGUAUACUGUAGACUUUAAUUCAAACUCGACUAAAGUCGACUUUGGAAUCGCCAGAGAAACACCAGAUAUGCAAUAA